UACUUAUUCUGUACCAAACACACAUUAGUUUGCAAAGCUAUGCCCAGAUCUCUCUUCAAAGGAAUCAAGAAUUACCUACAAGAGACGCAAAAGAAUCCCCAUUAUCAUCUCCUACUAUCAAACUUCAUUAGCACUGGCAGUGAUUCUCAGUCUCCCCGAGGAAAUGACUUCAAAUCAUGGACCAAUCUCAUUUCAUUUCUCGCCCAAAAUGCCACAAACUCAGAGAUGGCAAUGGUUGAGUCCUCUCAAAUGCUCAACUCUGGUGCCAAGCCUAAUGGCCAUGCUCUGGUCCACCUGUUCCGAACAUGCGCAAAAAUUGGUUGCCAUUCUUAUGGCCUACAGCUUCAUUGCUACGUCCUUCGAUCUGGGUUUGUCACCAAUGUGUUUGUCUCCACUUCCCUCAUCAAUUUCUAUCUGAAAUUUGAGUCUUUGAAUGAUGCCCAUAAAGUGUUUGUUGAAAUUCCUCAACCAAGUGUAGUUUCUUCGAAUUCUUUGAUUUCUGGGUAUGUGCAUUCUGGGCUGUUUUCGAAGGCGUUGAGUGUGUUUGUUAAGUUGGAUAGGUCUGAGAUUUGUGCUGAUUCAUUCUCAUUUACGGCCACUUUAGCUGCAUGUGGGCAACUAAGGUUUUCACAAUUGGGGAAAUCAAUUCACUCCAAGAUUGUGAAAGUUGGUGUGGAAUUUAGUGUUUUUGUUGCAAAUUGCUUGAUUGACAUGUAUGGAAAAUGUGGGUAUGUUAAAGAGGCGAUCUGGGUAUUCAACGAGAUUACUGAUAAGGAUAUCAUUUCUUGGAAUUCAAUUAUCGCAGCAAGUGCUAGGAACCGAAAACUUGAACAAGCAGUCAGUUUUUUUCAUCAGAUGCCGAAUCCUGAUAUAAUUUCAUAUAAUGAAUUAAUCAACGGAAUUGCACAGUUUGGGAACAUGGAUGAUGCCACUGGGAUUUUAUCAAAUAUGCCGAACCCAAAUUCAUCUUCGUGGAAUUCAAUAAUAACAGGGUAUGUGAACCGGGAUCAAGCACGCGAAGCCCUGGACUUCUUCAGUAAUAUGCACUCGAAUGAUAUAGAAAUGGAUCAGUUCACAUUUUCCAGCAUAUUAAGCGGCAUUGCAAGUAUCUCAGCUCUUACAUGGGGGAUUUUGAUCCAUUGUUGCACGAUAAAGUGUGGUUUGGAUACAUCUGUUGUUGUUGGGAGUGCGCUAAUUGAUAUGUACUCCAAAUGUGGACAGGUAGAGAAUGCCGAAUCAAUUUUUAAGUCUUUACCCAAAAGGAAUUUGGUAACAUGGAAUGCAAUGAUAUCCUGCUUUGCUCACAAUGGCAAUUCAAUCAAGGUUAUAAAGCUCUAUGAACAGUUGAAAAUGGUGAAAGAUUUGAACCCUGAUGGCAUCACCUUUCUUAAUGUCUUAUCAGCAUGUUGGCAUAAUCAAACGCCAUUACAGGUUGCAAAUCAGUACUUUGACUCAAUGAUCAAGGAUUAUGGGAUUGAUGCCACGCCUGAGCACUGUGCUUCAAUGAUUAGGUUAAUGGGAAAAUGGGGAGAGGUGUGGAGGGCAGAGAAGAUGAUAUGUGAACUAGGGUUCAGAUCAUGUGGCUUGGUCUGGAGGGCUUUGCUCGGUGCUUCUGGAACUUGUGGGGAUCUAAAAGUUGCAGAGUUAGCCGCUGCUAAGGUGAUUGAGUUGGAGGGGCAUAAGGAGUUUGUUUAUGUUAUGUUGUCCAACAUUUAUGCAUCUUAUGGGAAAUGGAGCGAGGUGAGCGUGGUUAGAGAGCUGAUGAGGCGGAGAAGUGUAAGGAAAGAAGUUGGUUGUAGCUGGAUUGAGAUAGAUAAUGUGGUAACAACUUUAUCCAUGUUGUGAUGGGAUUGAUAAUCUAAUUGGUAAGCAGGAAUUUUUCUGUGAAAAACCUGAAAUUUUGAUGGUGGCUGAAUUGCUGAUCUUGUCCUCCCGUGCAAGGUUUGAAUUUGACAAAACUGCUAGCCUGACAAGAGAAUCUAGUUCCCUUCGAUUUGUUAUGACCAUGUGACUAUCGUGUGAUAAAUGGUUUGGUGAAAUUGAAAAGCAAUGGUGCCUGUUGAAGCAAUGGGAGUGAUGACAGCUAUUGGUGCUUUGUUGUGAUGCCUUGGAUUAUCUGCUGAUUUUGUGACAGUAGAUCAUGUGGAGCUAUUUUUGAAUUAGGUACUUCACAGUGAAAUUGCCUUACAGGAUAAGAAGCACGGAUAUAAACACGCAAUUGCUUAAAAAAAACAAGACAUGGCAUGCGGAGGACACGAACCCAUCAUUUGAACUUGUUUCAUGAAGUAAAUCUGUGGAAGAUAUGUGCACUUAUACUUUUCCCGUAACCUUUUUGUAAUCAAGAGUCCAAAGAAAGCAAUUUUCCAUGUGUUGCUUUAUCGUUACAAUUUUGGCUCACUUUUAUGUAUGAAUAUAACGAACUUUCUUUGGA